CGUAAUGGGGGAUCCAAGGGAGUUAGAGAAGGAGACUUCCAGUGACUGUGUGGGGCUUGUGGGGGGCUCUCGGGCUCGCGCGCUCCGAACAGCGUGCGCUGUUGUCGCUUCAGUCUCUCCAUGACAGUUACGGCGGUCGGGUUUGUUUCUCUUACGCUCUCGAAAUUUACGCGAGCGUUUUGUUAUCGCCCGCGUAUUACGAUACACACACACUCGUCGUCGAGCGAUUACGAAAAUUCACGUGUCACACGCGCCGGUGUGUAUCCGGAUCGCGUGUUCGCGAGGACGGAGUCUCAAGGUUUCCGCGAGAGAAGAAACGGAACUCACACAACAACUCGCUUCUCCACCUUGUAUUUCGGGAGUAACAUUUCAAAACGGAGCCGGAAAGUGAUAUCCGUGGGUCUGAGAGAUACGGACAUAUCUGUUUUGUGCGUAUACACACACACACACACACACACACACACGGACACACACGUAGAGGAGAGUGUGUCGCGUAGACAGAAAAUACAAAUGCGCUGACGUCAUGCGCGCGAACCGAGCGGAUUUCGGUAGGCACGGAUUAUUCGAUUAAAUACAAGGCGGGCUCGUAUGUGUGUUGUGUUGUACACACACACACACACGCGCGAGACUUCAACGAACGUAACGGUUGCAUCCACGUGACACGCCACCAGGGGAAACGCGACGCACAGCGCCUUGCACACCCGAUUCCUCGCGUACUUUUCAACUCCAACGCAAAACACGAGCGAGUCCGAAUAGAACAAAAAAAACAAAUAAACGAGGAUAAUAAUAAUAAUAAUAAUAAUAAUGCGUAACACAGUGCGAAGGUUGUAAGAGGCAGUCGAGUGAGGACAUUUUUUUCUUUUUACAGAAAAAAACUCCGCGGUAACGCGCGCGGAAUUUCAUCAACGCUCGGCGGCGAUUUGUAUUAUUAUUCGCGUGAAUUAAAACACGGCACUAAAAAAAGUUAUGAACCAACACACUUGAUAUAAAAUAUAACUACGGGAAAUAAUACACAAUUCGUUGCUGUGUGCCGUUUUUCUGGAGAUAACGUUGCUCAAGAUUUCGCGGAAAAAAAUACCGCUCAUAGUUUCCAGGAGCGAGAGAGAGAGAGAGAGAGAGAGAAGAGAGGAAAGGAAAGAGAACAAAGUGCCGAAACUUCAACAGUCCGGUUCGAGAUGAAGACCGGAUGACCGCGAUGAUAUAAUCGCUGGAUCAUGAAAGAUCGCUGCGGUUGCGUUCUUACGUGCGUCGCGUCACGGCAUCGCCAACCUUUGUACAAGUAAACACCGCGGCAACAUGUGGUCGUCCCUCGUCGACGACGUUUCGUCGCCGGUGUCUUCUUGAACACCCGCCAAAACCACUCUUCGCAAAGAAAUGCGCGUAAUUGCGCCGGACUGCACGUAAAAAAAAAAAAAAAAAAAGCAUGGAGAUUAUGCAAAAAGACGACGGCCGCCGCAUGCAGGAAAAAACGGACGUCGCAGCGCGUAGAGCGUCGAGUCGGUUCGCGCUCGCGGGGAAUGACGACGAGAAGCUGACGAGAAGCGUAAAGACGCCGGAGAUGGAUCCUUACAAAGAACUGGAGCUUUAUCUCGCCAAAGUUAACGAGGAAAUUGGCGAGAUAAUCGAAUCGGCUGCAGUGACUCCGCUCUGCGUCGCCGAAGAGCGUCCGACGUCGAUCGAAAAAUCGCGCGACUACGAGGACGAGGAGUUGUUGUUCACUCUGAAGCCUCUGAUCACGAAAUCGCGUCUCGCGAAGAGACGAAACUCGUUGAAGAGAAGCGGCGAGGACAUUAUCGAAUGGUCGAACAACAUCCUCGCGGAAUUUAACGGCAUAAUUGCGAACGAGAUCGACAAGCUGACCAAAGACAAGAGAAGGAAGAGAACCGGGCGUAACGAUAGCCAGGUGGUACAGUACAAAGAGCUGCUGAACGAAUUCGGAUUGUCCGACAGCGAGAGCUCGUCAGAUCAAACGUCCGACUACGAUUCCCGGGACGAGGACAGUAUUCGAGAUCGUAGAUACGGAAUAGUGUUCGCCGACGACACCUGUUGCUAUCUGUUGAACUCGAAUUACAAUCGUAUAAUUCUCGAGGGACGUAAAAGCGGCAGCUUGCCGGAAAAUCUCCAAGACAUUAUUGGCAAACGCGAUCGGUUCCCGGUCACGGACGCUUCGGGUUCCGAUUACGACGAGCCCUGCGAUUGUCUGCCGACAAAUUCGAUCGGCAAGCAGAUUACCGUCAGUCUACCGUCUGAGUUGGAACGCGAGUGGAAGGACGCACGAUUCAAUUCCUGCCGAGUACCAAAGAUACCCGUAGAAUUAAGUUUGCAGAUCAGCGAAGAAAACGAUAUUGACAGUCUUGAAAACGGACUGUUUCGAAGUGCCAAGGACGAUUCCAAAGAACCCAGUGCGAAGUUAUUACCUCCACAACGAUGCGACGAGGAGAAGAGUCUCUGUAUAGAUCUGACGAAUCAACGACAACUUCGAAGAGGAUCGCAAGAUCAAGAGAUCGGUGACGAUCUCGAUGACGAUGUUUUUCCCAACGAAAAGAACAAGAGAUCCAGAUCUCUGGAAAAUUACGAGCCAAAGUCCGUGGCUCUCACGGAAGAGAAAAAGUUAUCGCUUUCGAAAUUGUUGAAAAAGCGACACGCUCCGAUGUUCCAUUGGAGCUGUUCCAGCAUUAAUCUGGCGAAUGUGUUCUCGAAUCAAAAUCUGCUGCGUUUGAGAAACAACAAAAUUCACGAGACGAAGAACGACAAGACGAUGACGAAGAAGAGAGCGAUAUCGCCGUUAAAUCUGUGCUGCGAUAUCACCGCGAAAAGAUUAACGAAUCGACAGAUCAACUCGAUGGAUUUGAGGAAAUUCUCACCGUCGAGCAACGACGUCGCGGUGAGUUGCGACUUGUCCGAGGACAAUAACGACAACGACAACGACAACGUCGAAAACUGCGAUAACGAAAACGUGACUCUCGGCAAGCUGGAGUGCACCGUUGUGAGGAGAUUUACGGACGAGCCAAGCGCCGGAACGGAAUUGGUGCCCAUUCUUCCGCAGUGUCUCCUGUCGAGAAUACAAAACAGUUCGGAUUCAAAUUGUGUGAUAAGUAAUUUGCCGAUGAAUUCUACCAUGUGUUUCGACGUGGCGACUCAAACCUCGCCGGCUAUUUCGAGAAGUUCCAGCUUCACUUGGGUCAGCGAUUGCGACUCCCCUCAAGUAAUUUUCGAACCGAGCGCGUUAGAUUCGGUUUCUCAAGACACCGUGGAUUACAGCACGUGUUCGUUGUCGUCGCAGGACUUGUUGCAGAGCAUGGAUGAGAUUUCUUCUAGAAGCUUAUCGUCCGACUCCACUGAUAGAGCGUCUCCGCUCGAAAGUGGAAUUGGAACGGCAAGUCCUCCGCGAAGCACAGACCGGAGAUUGAACAAAUUAGCCGUGAAUAAAUAUCAUCGCAAAGAGACGUGGGAGCGAAUUCGGCGACAAUCAUCGAAAAUGCGUUUGCGAAGCGACAAACACUCGCAAGAUGUGUGGAUCAAACGCGAAAACACGCACGCACAAACGAACAACAACAAUUCCGAUCGAUACCUGCUUCAUGCGGACAGCAGUAGCAGUCUCGAUGACUCCUUUCCAAAGAUAGAAACGUCUCAAGAGGCAGAAUAUACAUUUCAAUCGGAAGAAUUAUGCUGCUUCAGAGCGGCAGCCGAUAUAUAUUUAAGAGAGGUUUUAGAAGACAGUUGUAUUAUUCAAGAUGCUACACAGUUGAGUGGAUUUUUUAGUUGCUUUGGGUUACCCAGACACACGAAAUACACCAAUAAUUGUUUCAAUAUACCUUUAUCUGUUAGCGUUGAAAGAUACGGGAACAUAAUACCUCCCUGUAUUCAACAGGCUAUUAAUUGGUUGUUAGAAAACGGUCUUGAAUACGAAGGUAUUUUCAGAAAAAACGGGCUCAAGUCCCGCAUUACGAGUUUGCGACUCCAAAUGGAGUCCGACGCUACCAUUACAUUUGAUGAUGUUACGGCCUACGAUGUGGCCGAUAUCAUCAAAGAGUAUUUUAGAGAAAUUCCUGGUGGUUUAGUACCGGAAAAUAUUUCGAAAUACUUAAUAGCAGCGUUCACUGGAAAUGUAGAGCCCAAAUUGGAUAUUACGCAAUGCGCACUGAUAUUACUUCCCGACGAGCAUCGGGAGGCGUUAAAAGUAUUACUCGACUUGUUAGUACAAGUAGCAUCCAAAGCAGAAUUUAACAAAAUGACCAAAAAAAAUUUGGCUACCUGUUUAAGUUUAACUGUGUUCCACAUUAAGCAAGGACCGGCGUUUCCGAGCUCGAGAAAGAAAAAAGAGAAUAAAUACAAGGAACAGGAGGACAAAUUUAUCGUCGCUGCUAAUAAGUGUCUGACGUCCUUGGUCGAAUGGCAAGAGAGAUACCUGUUGUUCAAAAUGAGAUGAGUCGUGAACCGGAAUCUUGAAACGAAGCUUUGAUAAUUGUGCAAAUUGUGAAACAAAUUCUAUAUAAUCAAAGUCUAAUGAAUUGUACAUUUGUGAAAAAACAGCUCGACGCGAUGUUCGAGAGAAUCGUAUCGAAGCGCGGAAAUAUAACGAAAUAUAAUGACACUGAUGUAUAAAUAAAUUUAUAUUGAUUAUAUAUCAAAA